AUGCCACAAAGUUGGCAGGCUACCAUUGGAACAAAGCAGCCGACUCAGUCCAGUGACGGAGGAGAAAAGAUCUGUAGAAUCUCUACGCUGAAGGAGAUGACGACGAGCAGAAAGACUUUGAGGCUGCUCCUUCUGCUGUGCCAAGUCCAGAACAACUCUGGCGUGGGCCUCGAGGCGCUCCCCACCAUUGAGUUUGCGCACGUGUCUGGCCGUUUGAAACGGAAGAAGAGGGAGUGGGUUAUUCCAGCAAUUAACUUUCCAGAAAAUGUCAGGGGUCCAUAUCCCAAAUUGAUGGUGAAGAUCAAGUCAAACAAUGAGAAAAGGGUGUCAAUAAACUACAGAAUCAGUGGACCAGGGGCUGAUCAGCCCCCCGAGGGUGUUUUUACUGUUGAUCGGCGAUCUGGGGUGCUGUAUGUGACGCAGCCACUGGACAGGGAGAAAACAGCCAAAUACAGUCUGUGGGCCCAUGCACUGAAUGAGGGCAUUAAGGCUGAGGAGCCCAUGGAGCUCAUUAUCAAUGUCAUUGACCAGAAUGACAACGCUCCAGAAUUCACUCAGAACCCUUUCUAUGGCAGAGUGAGCGAAAGCGCUGACACUGGUGACUCCGUCAUAAAGGUAACAGCAGUGGAUAAAGAUGACCAACAGACGAACAACGCUAUAAUUAGGUACAGGAUAAAGGCUCAGGUGCCCCCAGAGGACACGUUUUCCAUAAACCCAGUGAGUGGAACGAUCAGCGUGAUGGCAGGUGGACUGGACAGAGAGACUCAGCCAGAGUACAAGCUGAUCAUUGAAGCUGCUGAUAUGGAGGGAGAGGGCCUGACAACCACCAGCACUGUUAUCAUUAGUGUCACUGACAGCAACGAUAAUGCUCCACAAUUCACCUUGUCAUGCUUUUCCCCCCAGUUAUCCACGUCAGUCCCUGAGAAUGAGGCUGGAGUGGAGGUAUUAAGACUGACGGUCACUGACGAUGAUGAGUCAGGAUCUCUAAAUGCUAACACCAAAUACUCAAUAAUUAAAGGCAACGAGGCGGGAGACUUCAACAUCACCGCAGGCUCCAGUAAGAUGGAGGGAAUCCUCAAAACAGCCAAGGAGCUGGAUUUUGAGAGAGUUCCUGUCUUUACUCUGCUGGUGGUGGUGACAAACGAGGCGCCGUUUUCUGAACAGGUGCCAACCUCCACAGCCACGGUCACUGUCACCGUCGUGGACAAGAACGAGCCUCCUGUUUUCAGUCCAGCAGUGAUCCGUGUAAGCAUCCCAGAAGAUGAGAAGACGGAGAGUUCUGUGACCGACCUCAGAGCGAAGGAUGCAGACACAGCCAGGAAACAGAGCGUUCGAUAUAAACUACAUAAUGACACUGCCAGGUGGCUGAGUAUUGAUAAAGACUCAGGAUCAGUCAAAGUUAAAAGCAACAUGGACAGAGAAUCACAUUAUGUCAAAGACAGCAAAUACACAGUCCUAGUUUUGGCUUACGACAACGAUACCGUCCCAGCUACAGGAACCGGUACUCUGGUUGUGACUUUAUUAGAUGUGAAUGACCAUCGCCCUGUGAUCAAGCAGAGGAGAGUCAGUCUCUGCAAUAUUGACCCUUUUCCUGCCCUGCUGGAUAUAGUGGACCCGGACGGACCGGGUCAUGCUGGGCCGUUUACUGUGGAGCUUCAAGGAGAGCACAGGAUCAACUGGACUAUUAGCACCAAUUCCACAAGUAACGUGGCGGCCCUGGCUCCCAAGAGGCAUUUGUCAACUGGGGACUAUUACGUGCUGAUGCGUAUUUAUGAUGUUGGCUUGAUCUACCAAGACAGCACACUGGACGUAGAAGUGUGCCAGUGUCAAGGGGCUGUCUCUUCCUGCUUCAUCUCACGUGCUGCCCCUCGUGUGAACGGUUCUUCUCUCGUUACCUCAGUCACGGUAGCACUUUUCUUACUGCUCUUGUUGCUGCUGCUGCUGCUGCUGCUGCUGCUGAGAAGGAGGAGGAGGAGGUUGGAGAAGGAUGUCCGUCUCCUCGAAGACGAACCCAGAGACCACAUUUUCUGCUACGAUGAGGAGGGAGGAGGUGAAGAGGACCGGGAGUAUGACCUGAGCCAGCUCCACAGAGGGCUUGAUAAUCGUCCUGAAGUCUUCCGCGCUGAUGUUUUUCCUACUGUCCAGAGCCGGCCAUGCAAUCGCCUACAACUCCAAGACAAUGAAGACAUUGUCAAAUUAAUUGAGGAUAACGUGUAUGCUGCAGACAGCGACCCCACAGCUCCUCCCUAUGACUGUCUUUUGGUGUUCGACUAUGAAGGCGUCGGCUCAGACGCAAGCUCUCUCAGUUCAAUCAACUCCUCAGACUCGGAUGAGGAGCAGGACUUUCAGAGUCUGGCCCUCUGGGGACCACGUUUCAGCAGGUUGGCUGACCUGUACAUGGGGGGGACAGAUGAGGAUGAUGACACAAAAACACUGCCAGGAAUUAUUGAAUGGGUCUGA